ACCACAUGACCUUCCGCUGCAAACUUUUCCCGUCCCGCGGCUGGAAAAUGGCGGCUUAGGAGUGGGCUUCCCGCAGCAUCCCGGCACCAUGUCCCGUUGGGUGCCGACCAAGCGGGAGGAGAAGUACGGCGUGGCUUUAUAUAACUAUGACUCCAGGGGACCAGAUGAACUUUCUUUACAAAUAGGUGACACUGUACACAUAUUAGAGACAUAUGAAGGUUGGUACAGAGGUUAUACAUUAAGAAAAAAAUCAAAAAAGGGCAUAUUUCCUACAACUUACAUUCACCUUAAAGAAGCCAUAGUUGAAGGAAAAGGACAGCAUGAAACUGUUAUACCCAAUGAGCUCCCGCUGAUUCAGGAAGUUACCACAACAUUACGAGAGUGGUCCAUAAUAUGGCGCCAGCUAUAUGUUCAAGAUAAUAGAGAAAUGUUUCGCAGUGUGCGACAUAUGAUAUAUGAUCUUAUUGAAUGGAGAUCUCAAAUACUCUCUGGAACUCUACCCCAAGAUGAGCUUAAGGAACUGAAAAAGAAAGUGACUGCCAAAAUUGAUUAUGGAAACAGAAUUCUUGAUUUGGAUCUGGUUGUGAGGGAUGAAGAUGGCAACAUUUUAGAUCCAGAACAAACCAGUACAAUCAGCCUUUUCCGAGCCCAUGAAAUAGCUUCUAAACAAGUUGAGGAAAGACUAUUAGAAGAAAAGUCUCAAAAACAGAACAUUGAUAUUAACAGACAAGCCAAGUUUGCUGCCACUCCUUCAUUCGCUUUAUUUGUAAAUUUAAAAAAUGUAGUCUGUAAAAUAGGAGAAGAUGCUGAAGUUCUUAUGUCUCUUUAUGAUCCACUGGAGUCGAAGUUUAUCAGUGAAAACUAUCUGGUGCGAUGGUCAAGUUCUGGGUUACCCAAAGACAUAGACAGAUUGCAUAAUCUUCGAGCAGUAUUCACUGACCUUGGCAGUAAGGACCUGAAAAGAGAGAAAAUCAGUUUUGUAUGUCAGAUUGUCAGAGUAGGCAGAAUGGAAUUGAGGGACAACAACACAAGAAAACUAACCUCUGGGCUACGGCGACCUUUUGGUGUAGCAGUAAUGGAUGUAACUGACAUAAUAAAUGGGAAAGUUGAUGACGAAGACAAACAACACUUUAUACCAUUUCAACCGCUAGCAUUGGAUGACGCCAGUCGACACAAGCAGCUGAACAUAUCAUCCCGUUUUUCACCCAGGGUGGCAGGGGAGAAUGAUUUCCUUCAGACUGUUAUAAACAAAGUGAUUGCUGCUAAAGAAGUUAACCACAAGGGUCAGGGGUUAUGGGUGACUUUGAAACUUCUUCCAGGAGACAUUCAUCAGAUUAGAAAAGAAUUUCCGCACUUAGUGGAUAGGUCAACAGCUGUGGCUCGGAAAAUGGGGUUUCCUGAGAUCAUUAUGCCUGGUGAUGUUCGCAAUGACAUCUAUGUAACAUUAGUUCAAGGAGAUUUUGAUAAAGGCAGUAAAACAACAGCAAAGAAUGUAGAAGUUACAGUAUCUGUUUAUGAUGAAGAUGGAAAAAGAUUAGAGAAUGUGAUCUUCCCUGGUGCUGGUGAUGAAGCCAUCUCUGAGUACAAGUCAGUGAUCUAUUACCAAGUGAAACAGCCUCGUUGGUUUGAAACUGUAAAGGUCGCCAUUCCUAUUGAAGAUGUAAACAGGAGUCAUUUAAGGUUUACGUUCCGCCACAGAUCAUCACAGGACUCCAAAGAUAAGUCUGAGAAGAUAUUUGCUUUAGCAUUUGUGAAGCUGAUGAGAUAUGAUGGAACAACUUUAAAGGAUGGAGAGCAUGAUCUAAUAGUGUACAAGGCAGAAGCAAAAAAGUUGGAGGAUGCAUCAACAUACUUAAGUUUGCCAUCUACUAAAAUAGAGUUGGAGGAAAAAGGACACUCUACAACAGGGAAAAGCAUGCAGAAUCUUGGAAGCUGUACCAUCAGCAAAGAUUCUUUUCAGAUUUCCACUCUGGUUUGUUCAACAAAGCUUACUCAGAAUGUGGACCUCUUGGGACUUCUGAAAUGGCGAUCAAACACAAAUUUGCUGCAGCAGAAUUUGAGGCAGUUGAUGAAAGUUGAUGGUGGUGAAGUGGUUAAGUUCCUACAAGAUACGCUGGAUGCACUUUUUAACAUAAUGAUGGAGAAUUCAGAAAGUGAGACAUUUGACACGCUAGUGUUUGAUGCUUUGGUAUUUAUCAUUGGACUGAUUGCUGACAGAAAAUUCCAGCAUUUUAAUCCUGUCUUGGAAACUUACAUUAAGAAGCAUUUCAGUGCUACUUUAGCCUACACAAAGCUGACAAAAGUUCUAAAAACCUAUGUGGAUAAUGCUGAGAAAACUGGUAUAAAUGAUCAACUUUUUAAAGCUAUGAAAGCUCUAGAAUAUAUAUUCAAAUUUAUAGUGCGAUCCAGAAUAUUAUUUAAUCAACUUUAUGAAAACAAAGGCGAAGCAGACUUCAUGGAAUCUUUGCUGCAGCUAUUUAAGUCCAUCAAUGAGAUGAUGAGUAGUGUCUCUGAUCAAACUGUCAUAGUGAAGGGGGCUGCACUUAAAUACUUGCCAACUAUUGUUAAUGAUGUGAAACUAGUAUUUGAUCCAAAAGAACUGAGCAAACUGUUUACAGAAUUCAUCCUAAAUGUUCCAGUGGGCCGGCUCACAAUUCAAAAGCUGUACUGUUUGAUUGAAAUAGUUCACAGUGACCUCUUCACACAGCAUGACUGCAGAGAGAUCUUGCUGCCAAUGAUGACAGAUCAGCUGAAGUAUCAUUUGGAAAGGCAGGAAGACUUGGAAGCUUGCUGCCAAUUGCUUAGUAACAUCCUGGAAGUGCUGUACAGGAAAGAUGUGGGACCAACACAGCGACACGUCCAGAUAAUCAUGGAAAAGCUAUUGAGGACAGUAAAUAGAACAGUAAUUUCCAUGGGACGCGAUUCGGAGCUCAUUGGAAAUUUUGUUGCAUGCAUGACUGCCAUUUUAAGGCAAAUGGAAGACUACCACUAUGCUCAUUUAAUCAAGACUUUUGGGAAGAUGAGGUCAGAUGUUGUGGAUUUUCUGAUGGAAACAUUCAUCAUGUUCAAGAAUCUCAUUGGGAAGAAUGUCUAUCCUUUCGACUGGGUUAUAAUGAACAUGAUGCAGAAUAAAGUCUUCCUGCGAGCAAUUAAUCAGUAUGCAGAUAUGCUAAACAAAAAAUUUCUUGAUCAAGCCAACUUUGAGCUACAGCUUUGGAACAACUACUUCCACCUGGCUGUUGCUUUCCUGACACAAGAGUCUUUACAACUGGAGAAUUUUUCAAGUGCUAAAAGAACCAAAAUACUUAACAAGUAUGGUGACAUGAGGAGACAAAUUGGUUUUGAGAUCAGAGACAUGUGGUAUAACCUUGGUCAACAUAAGAUCAAGUUCAUCCCAGAAAUGGUGGGGCCUAUCUUAGAAAUGACACUAAUUCCUGAAACUGAACUUCGAAAAGCUACAAUCCCAAUAUUCUUUGAUAUGAUGCAGUGCGAGUUUCAUUCUACCAGAAGCUUCCAGAUGUUUGAAAAUGAGAUCAUCACAAAGCUGGAUCAUGAAGUGGAAGGAGGCAGAGGAGAUGAGCAGUACAAAGUGUUAUUUGACAAAAUUCUCUUGGAGCACUGCAGAAAACACAAAUAUCUUGCCAAAAAUGGAGAAACUUUUGUGAAACUUGUUGUUCAUUUGAUGGAGAGACUGCUGGAUUACAGAACCAUAAUGCAUGAUGAAAACAAAGAAAAUCGCAUGAGCUGCACUGUCAAUGUACUGAAUUUCUACAAAGAAAUUGAAAGAGAAGAAAUGUACAUAAGGUAUUUAUACAAGUUAUGUGACCUGCACAAAGAGUGUGAUAACUACACUGAAGCUGCCUACACAUUACUUCUGCAUGCAAAGCUUCUUAAGUGGUCAGAAGAGGCAUGUGCAGCACAUCUUACUCAGCGGGAUGGAUACCAGGCAACUACUCAAGGACAACUAAAAGAUCAGCUGUAUCAAGAAAUUAUCCAUUACUUUGACAAGGGCAAGAUGUGGGAAGAGGCCAUUGCCUUGGGCAAAGAACUUGCAGAACAGUAUGAAAAUGAAAUGUUUGAUUAUGAACAACUCAGUGAACUGCUGAGAAAGCAAGCUCAGUUCUAUGAAAACAUUGUAAAAGUGAUAAGACCUAAACCAGAUUACUUUGCUGUUGGAUACUAUGGCCAAGGAUUCCCUACAUUUUUACGGAACAAAGUGUUCAUUUACCGAGGGAAGGAGUAUGAACGUCGUGAAGACUUUGAAGCAAGGUUACUAACCCAGUUUCCCAAUGCAGAAAAAAUGAAGACAACAUCUCCACCAGGCGAUGAUAUUAAAAAUUCCCCUGGACAGUAUAUUCAGUGCUUUACUCUAAAGCCAAAACUUGAUUUACCACCAAAAUUUCACAAGCCAGUAUCAGAACAAAUUGUAAGUUUCUAUAGGGUGAAUGAGGUCCAGCGAUUUGAGUAUUCACGGCCUAUCCGAAAAGGAGAGAAAAACCCAGAUAAUGAAUUUGCAAAUAUGUGGAUUGAGAGAACUGUGUAUUUGACAGCAUAUAAAUUACCUGGGAUUUUAAGAUGGUUUGAAGUCAAAUCAGUUUUCAUGGUAGAAAUCAGUCCACUGGAGAAUGCAAUAGAAACCAUGCAGUUGACAAAUGAUAGGAUCAAUAAUAUGGUUCAACAACAUUUAAGUGAUCCAAAUCUACCUAUUAACCCUCUCUCUAUGUUACUUAAUGGAAUUGUGGAUCCUGCAGUCAUGGGAGGCUUCACAAACUAUGAAAAGGCUUUUUUUACUGAAAAAUACAUGCAUGAGCACCCAGAAGACCAUGAAAAGAUUGAAAAACUAAAGGACCUGAUAGCAUGGCAGAUUCCGUUCUUGGCAGAAGGGAUCCGAAUUCAUGGAGAGAAAGUAACUGAAGCGCUUAGACCGUUUCAUGAGAGAAUGGAGGCCUGUUUCAAGCAACUUAAAGAAAAAGUAGAAAAGCAAUAUGGGGUCAGAACAAUUCCCUCCAGUUUAGAUGAUAGACGAGGAAGUCGGCCAAGGUCUAUGGUUAGAUCAUUCACUAUGCCGUCAUCUUCAAGACCUUUAUCUGUUGCAUCAGUAUCUUCCAUUUCAUCAGACAGUACACCUUCUAGACCUGGCUCUGAUGGGUUUGUGCUUGAACCUCUUCUGCCAAAAAAGAUGCAUUCUAGAUCUCAAGAUAAGUUGGACAAGGAUGACCUAGAUAAAGAUAAGAAGGAAAAGAAAAAAGAAAAAAGGAACAGCAAGCAUCAAGAAAUAUUUGAUAAAGAAUUUAAAUCUACAGAUAUUUCUCUGCAACAAUCUGAAGCAGUGAUCCUUUCAGAAACGAUCAGUCCACUAAGACCACAAAGACCAAAGAGCCAAGUUAUCAAUGUCAUUUCAAGUGAAAGACGUUUUUCUGUCUCUCCAUCACCUCCUGCUUCUCAAGCAACACCACCCCCAAUCACCCCAAGGACCAAACUUUCUUUCAGUUUACAGUCCAGUCUGGAACUCAAUGGUUUAGAGAUGGCAGACAUUCCUCCUCCUUUGCCUCUCAAAGGCAGCAUGGCAGAUUAUGGAAAUCUCAUGGAAAAUCAAGAAUUGAUUAGUCCUACAACAUCCCCACCUGCACAUCAAAGACACCUGCCACCUCCAUUGCCCAGCAAAACUCCACCACCUCCCCCUCCAAAGACUACUCGGAAGCAAACAUCCAUUGACUCUGGGAUUGUCCAGUGAAGAAGAAAGCAUUUCUCCAAAGAUAAAAGCUGUAAUAUUUCAUUUACCUAAAUAUUUUAAAGGUAUAUAAUGUUUACCUCAUUCAGGCCUGCAGUCUAAUAUUUAGUGCAAUGAUUCUAACUCUUAAAGGAACACAGUUCUAACAGUAAAUCUGUCUUCUAAAUAGAAAAUGCCACUGGAAUAAAGCUGUCACAGGAUAAUGGUCUCCCACUGCUUAGAAGGAACCUGGGACCUAUUUUCAAAGCAGGGGGCAUUUGUCAACUGCAAAUAUACUAGUCUCUAUUCCAAAAAAAAAGUUUUGUAUAUCUUUGUUGUACUGAACAGUUUAAUAAAAAGAGCAAGAUCUUGGCACAUAAAGGUGAAUAUUAGUCAUCUGGGGUAUGGUCUCAGCUCCCACAGAAGUCAAUGAGAACAUUCACAUUAAUUUCAGCGUGCAUUGGAUUGGGCCUCUCAUUAAUCUUGAGAAGUUGCUUUAAGAUUGCUUCCAAUAAAGGUUGUGUUCAGCCCUUAACAAUCAAAAACCAGCAAGAAGCAGUUUUUUAAAAAUCGUCCUGUGUUAUGAAUAAGCUGAUCUCCGAUGAGCUUUUCUUUUUUUUAAAAACUCCCACUAGUGGUUACAUGUCAGUCAGUUAUCUAACCGCACCAUGUGGCUGCUUCUCUAUUGUUUAAUAACAUUUUAAACUAAGAUACCUUGUCUGCCACUGAACAGGCACUAAUUUUAUAGGAAAAGGAACCAAGUACACAGCUGUAGGGUCCCUGGUGAUUCUGAAAAUUAACGGUUGACUAUAAAAAUGGGAAGAGCUUUUUUAAUAUGUAAUAUUUUUAUGUGGAGUAGAAUAAACUGAAUGGUAUCUUUUUGUCUUUGUGCCAUCAUUCUGUACAGAAGUGUGUAUAUAUGAUGGUUCUUAGAAUGUGUUGAAUUUUAUGGUUCCUGCUUUUCAUGUAAUAAUGAAGUAAUGUACCUGCAAAUGAUUCUUUACAUGUUUUUAAUGUUUUUAAACUGUUGAAAGUGUAUAAAUAGCUAACUUUUUUCCCAAAAAAUUCAGCUCUGAAAAUAUUGGACAAUGAUGGAGGAGGGAGAAAAAACUAACUUUUUAUUCCAUAGUGUUUUUUAUUGUCAUUGUUCUAUAUAUAUAUAUAUAUAUAUAUAUUUACUAUUUACAAUCUUUCAUAAUCUUAUAGUAGGUGGUUUCUAAGUACAUCACUGAUUCCAAAAAUAAGAGGUCAUUAAAAAAAAGCUUUGUCUAAGAAAAUAAAUACAUUCCCAUGAUGUUUUUACAGAAGUUUGAUUAAUUUCAGGAGCAGCUUAAUUAACUAUCUGUACUUUUGUUUUUUCCUUGCAAUACACAUUUAUGACAAGAAUAGAUUGAAACUGUUUAUGAUAAAUUCUACAUUCUUACCGUUUUAUUAUACUCAUAUAACUUGUUCAUGAUGCAUAUAUGUAGCAUUGAAAUAAAAUAUGCAUUUCAACACUA